AUGGUGGGCAGUCGCGGGCGCCGCGGGCAGACCGCCGCCCCCGCCGCCCCCGCCACCGGCCUUAUCGCGGCCCGCCAGAGGCAGCACAGACAUCCAUGCAACGGCCAGCGGCAGCACAGUCUGCCGUGCACCAGCCAGCGGCAGCAUGGUCUGCCAUGCACCGGCCAGAUGCAGCAUCGUCUACCGUGCACCAGCCAGCUGGAUCACGGUCUGCCGUGCACCGGACAGAGGCAGUAUUGUCUGUCGUGCACCAGCCAGCAGCAGCAUGGUCUGCCAUGCACCUGCCAGCAGCAGCACUGUAUGCUGUGCACCUGCCAGCUGCAGCACAGCCUGCCGUGCACAGGCCAGAGGCAGCACAGACAGCCGUGCAACGGCCAGCGGCAGCACAGUCUGCCGUGCACCAGCCGGCGGCAGCAUGGUCUGCCGUGCACUGGCCACUAG